AUCGAUUAACUUUCUUCUUCUUUCUGAGAGACGGAACAAGGAUACUCCCGCAUCUCUCAUUCCACAUCGGAAUCGGGUGAGAACCCGGCCUAAAACGCGCCAUCGGAGCGCCGAUCAGCCUCCAAAUUGACUGUAAGCCGCGAAUGAGGGUUUUAUGCAUGUUCGAUUUUCUUGUUUUUUUGGAGUGGCUCAAGGUUAUAACCUUCUUCUUGUUUUGAUUUUUCCGUUUCUUUGUUGGGGUUCGAUCGAGGGAGGAGGGAAGUUUCGGCGGCUAAGAUUCCCGGUGGCAAAGCUCCAUCGAUGGCGAUUGAGGACGACGUCGACAUGUUUUAAGAAGAUGUUGAUUAGGUCCAUGGUUGGCUUCAAAAGAGAUGGAAGCAACAUGUAUUGAUUGUAAUUUUCAUGU